AGGAAGAGAAGGGAGUUCAAGUUCAACAAAGGAGGGAAGUACAUUGCACUUGGUGACGAGGUGCGGAAACAACUGGCCCUUGAGCGGGCUGAACAGGCUGUCAUUGAGGAGAAGAGAUCGCAAGGCUUACUACCGGAUGAGUCUCUACAAGAGCAGAAGUAUGCGAUACCGGAACAACCACUGUGUGAAUGGUGGGACACGCCGUUCACUGAAGAUUACCGUGAACUGAACGAAGCGUCGAUAUCGAUGUAUAUCCAACACCCUGUGCCUAUCAUGGCGCCUUGGGAGAGCCACCUUCCGCCGCCUAAACCUCUGUUCUUGACGAAGAAAGAGAUGAAGAGGAUCCGAAGACAGGCUCGAGCUGAGAAGUACGAGGAGGAGCAAAACAAGAUAAAGCUGGGCCUGGCUCCACCCCCGCCUCCAAAGGUGAAGCUGAACAACCUGAUGAAUGCAUUGACGAACGAGGCUAUCAAGGACCCUACAGCGGUGGAGCAGCGUGUUCGUCGUGAAGUCCAAGAAAGAGAGGCCAAGCACAUCGCAGACAACCAAUCUCGGAAGCUGAGCAAGGAGCAGAGAAUUGAGAAGAAGGAAGAGAAGAUUGAAAGAGAUCUACAGCUGGGGGUUUACAGUGCUGUCUUUGUGAUUGACAAGCUCGAGCAUCCAUCUCAUAAGUUCAAAGUGGAGAGAAACGCCACUCAAUCGAGGUUUGUCGGUAGCUUACUGUACUGUCCUGAGUUCGUGCUGGUGAUUGUCGAAGGCACUGAAAAGAACAUCCGCCACUACAAGAGGUUGAUGAUGAACAGGAUCAAGUGGGAUGAAUCAACCAGCGUUGACGGUCACGACAUGUCACUAGCUGGCAACCAAUGCCAACUGGUUUGGGAAGGGCCGUUGAACGAGCCACAUUUCAAGAAGUGG